AAGAUUUUUGUGUGUUCCUCACUUCAUUUCUUACUCAAGUGUCAAUGCAAGUUUCCAGAUUAUAAAAAACCAACCAAACCCCACCUCAACAAAACCAAUCAAAAACCUUAGCUUAAGAUAAGCUGAACUGGUCUGUCAGUUCACUAGCAAUGUUUUAACGUUGGUUUUAAAAACAGCAACACUCUUGUUGAGUCACACAUUUGGACGGGUCAUUUAAAUGUAGAAUGUGGUCCCUCCAUUUUUAACAAAGUUAAGAGUGCUAACUUUAAUUGCUUAAAUAUCUUUGCACAAUUCAGUUAACAUUUCUUUUAACACAUGAAAGAAAAAAAAUUAUAUUUUAAUUGAUAAAUUGACUUCUAUAUUGGUUUCUACAGCAGCACUUAGCAGACAACUUCACUUGUACAUUCUUUAGUCUUAACUUGUGUGCUGCUUUAGGAACUUCCCACCAAGUAAAUAUAAAUACGAAGAUCUGUCUUGGAUAGAUGUUUUAUAACAUUCAUAAUGCUCAGUCCUUAAAAAAAAAAAAAAAAGGUAGGUAGAUAAUUAAAAUGUGUCCUGACACAGAAAUGGACACAAGAAAAUUGUACAGGUAAGCAUAACCUGGACAAUUCUGGGCUCUAAUAAGUGUUUUCUGUAUAUAUAUAAUUUUUGAUAGAGGAUUUACAGGUAGACCAAGUUACUUUUAGAGUGGAAAUACUUAAUUUCAGAAAUUUCUCAUCAUUUUUCAGGGGGCUUAAAUCUCUGCUUCUGCCAUGUCUCAUGUUAGCUACUCUUGUUCCUUGCUAUUUAGAAACUCACCUUCUGUACUUACAAAGAUCUCACUGAAAUCUUGAGAUCUGUUCGAGAAUUGUGGAGUGGGCUUUAGUACAAAUGUGUUGGAGACUUCAUGAUCCAAUUUUUUUCGUAUUUGACUACCUGAAAGCUUCAGGUGUUUGCUGUCAGUUCUUGCACUCUUAAUUCCCAGUUUAUUCAAACAUUUUCUACCUAGUAUUAUGUAUACAAGUGAGUUUGCUUUUCCCCUCAACUAUGUGUGGGAGCAUGUGAUGAUAAGACUUAAAAAAAUACUUACACUUCUACUCAAUUCUACUGUAAUGAGCUGGUUUCUGUUUCAGAAGGGGAGCAUGGGUGUGAAUCAUCAGUGCAUUUGUUCAGGGUUUAGGGAAUUUCACAUUCAUCUUACAGAUUUACUGGUUUUAUCUGCUAUUCCAAGUGAGAAUUAUUUAUGUUUUGUGAAGUAUCUGUGCAAGUCGUCGUCUGUGAGAACAGCAGCUUAUGUUACAGCUGAGACCACUGAAAUGCAACCAGAGCUAAAUAUUGCUAAAAACAAUACUGUCAUCUUUAUGGGCGUCUUUUGUAGAGAUGUUGCUACAAAAUGUCAUUUCAUUAAUCCCAAAUAGCUGCUGUUUCCAAGUAUUGGGAUUUCUCACGUUGCCUACAUGCUGCCACUGCAGUAUCCCCUAGCCUCUUGUGCCAGUUUUAUUUUCUCUGGUGUAGAACAGAAGUGUUACUUGCUGCUGAAAUACUAUUAAAAAAAAUUCACCUACCAGAAAGAUGAAAUGUUUAGAAUUGGAUUAGUAGUAUUUAACUCUUUACUAUCUAAAAAGCAUUUGGUCAUUAUCAUAUGGUUACUUGAGCAUAUUUCAAUUUUCUCUCUCCUGCACAGAGAAACUUAAAGGGAUAGAGGGUUAAAAGCAAAGAAGAAUGGAGACUUUGCCUUUAGAGAGAUGACUGGGAAAACCAGAUGGUAUUGAUUUUUCUCCCAUCUCCCCCUUUCUGUCUAAUGCCUUUUGAUCAAGGACAACCAAAUCUGUAAAACAACUUCUGAGAAAUCACACAGAUGUAGCGUGAGUCUAUCUGAGACUGUAUGAGGUACAUUUUUUACAAUUAUACUUCAUAAUUUUUACAAAUGAGGUGUACUGUAGCAUGAGCUUUCAAAUUAACAUUGAUGGUCAGUAUAAAGGGUGUACAUGGGCAAAUCUUCAGCUGGUUUUAAAGGUACUUCCCACCUGUCUUUCUAUAAUAUUUUAUUAUACUUUCACUGAACGUUAGUAAAAGAGACUUUCAUCCCUCACAACCCCUUUCUCCUUUCCUAAAACUUCAGUUGCUGAAGGGCACUGUGAUGUUUUACUUGUGUUGCUUUGCAGUUUGAUGAUGAUGAUGACCACAGUGAUGUGUGGAAUUUAUUUUCACAGCGUUUCAUAAGCAGCAACACUUUCAUUUGUUAACGUAUCUCCUUAUUGCAUAUUAUUAUUUUGCAUAAUUGUUCUAAUUUAUUCAAGGGGCCUGACAUGUUAUGGUCUUUUAAGUAUGUGCCUCUGGGACUUGAGGUUGUUGCCAUAUGGUGAGAUAGUGCUUCAUGACAACCUUUCAGCAACUGAAGAAUUCAACAGUGAAAUAAAUAUGAUAAUUUUAAGCAUUCCGUGAAAUCUUACACUUAACCACUUUGACUUGUCUUUUUCCUCAUAAUGCCAAGAUAACUACUGCUUGCAGACAAGCCAGGUUGAAACAGGUGUUUGAGUUUUGCAUCAGAUAUGUUAGUAAUGUAUUGAUUUUUAGUUGUCUUUGUAUGUGUAAUAACUUCAUUUUUAAGUGAGAGUUCGUGUUGACUUCUGAAGUCUCUAGGGGUAGUUAUUGCUCUGAGACUUAUAACUGAGCAACAGUGACUUUCAGGAAAAUUUGAGUUUAAUAUGGGAUUAGAAAAGAGUGAGUAGAAAUAAAAAAUUUGAAAAGAUUACUCUGAACAAAAAAAAAAUUGUUCCAGUUUAGAGAUGGGUAUUAAGAAAAUCUGACCAUUCAGAUGGAACCAAAGUGUAGGCUUUUCAUCAGCAAAAUUGUAAAGAAUUAUUUAUGAGAACUUAAAUGUACAACAUGCUUUCUGUUACAUUCCUGUUGUGUCCUCAGUGAUUUACCUACCAGAUAGGCAUAAUUUCAUUUUAUACAGAGAAAACAAGUUAGGAGAUACUACUUCUGGUUUACAAUUGAAACAGUCCAAUCAAACAGUCCAAUCAACCACAGUAAAUAUUUGCUUUUGGGAGCUUUGCACCUAUCAAAUUGCCAGAGAUUCUUUGUGUAGAAUGUGUAAUUUUUUGCCAGUGAAGUCUGCUAGCUAACAUCUUAGUUGUUUGCCUGUAAGGGGUGAUAUUUUCAUAUGCUUCUAAUCUUUUUUAUUUUGUAAUCCUUUUCUAUAGCUUACCUCACCCUCUUCAAAAUAUUUUUAAAUUGAGUAGCCUGUCUCCCAGGAAUUUCAUACUCUUGCCUGAAUCUUUGGAAGCUCAUAGGCCUAGAAAUGGGGAGCCUGUUUUUUGUGAGGUACAUCUUAAACUUCCUAGUAGGUGUUACAGCCCAUUAGAGUAUUUUUAUAAAAUAAUUCUUCAACAUUAGUUUCCUUCUCUCUACACACACAUACAUUAAUUUCAGUUAUAGCUGAUGGAACACUAAUUUACACUCUUCAGUGUGGGUGUGGAUCCUCAGUUAUUACAGGGAACUCUGAGACUCUAAGUAAGGUGUAAUAUAGAUGUACUUUGCAAUUCAAAUGAGACACUCCCUUAUAUUAACUAUUUUAUAUGAAAAUGUGACUCAGAAGUGCUUUUGUCCGUGAAAUGCACCCAAGUAAAAAUACAGAUGAAGAAGCGGUAGAACUUGGGUAUCUUUAUUCUCAGUUAAAAGACAAUAGAUUAUCAAAAAUCUGCUUGUCAGUGCUGUUGAUUUGGAACAACAGUAUGUUAAAAGAGAUUAACUGAGAAAGAUGGAAAUAAAGGAAUAGAACUGUAAAAUCAUCAAGAAAUUCAGUUGUAAGCUCUUCUAUUCAAAAGCCUGCUUCAUAUUCUUUCUGAUCUGUUUGCAUCUAUGCAGGUGAUAUAUGGUUUGUCUGCCGCAUAAAUGCUGAAAUUGGAAGUAGAUUUUUCUCCAAGUAAAUUUGCUUAGCCAUAAAUAGCCAUACAUUGAUUUUAUAAUUGUAUGUGUAUACAGAACCUAGUAUGUAAUUUUUUCUACUUUUUUUUUUUUUUUUUUGCUAGAAAGAAGGAUCAGUAGGCCUAUUUGGUUUUUUCCCCCUUUUGGUUUUUAAUCUUAUCACUUCUUUUAAUCUUUAGUGUGUUUCACAGUCUUUAACUUCAAAGUGUAAUUGCAGUGAUGCAGCUGCUUAAUGGAUUGCUACAUUUAAUAUUUUCCCCCCUAAGAGCAGUGUUUCUUCUUUGCAUCUCUAAUUGGAUCAUGCUGCUGCUGUCCCUGAUGGAAAUGCCAGGCUUCAUAUUCACCAUACACCUGAGCACAUGCUUACUCACUAGGCGUGGCCUUUAUUUUCCAUGCUGGUAGUGACUACAGCUACCGCAGCUGCUGCGGAACACUGCGCAUCCCAUCUCCCACUCGGCAGGCAGGCAGGAGAUGUUGGGGAAAUCUAUUCAAGACUCUUGGAUCACAGACCAGUAAUUCAGGGAGAAAUACGUUACUUCGUUAAAGAAUUUGAGGAAAAACGUGGCCUCCGAGAACUACGAGUACUUGAAAAUCUAAAGAAUACAAUCUUUGAAACAAAUGAACACGUUCUUCCUAAGUGUGAGCAGGCAAUGCAUGACAAUUUGAAUGAAACAUUCAAGAGAUUGCAAGCUGCCAACGACAUGAUCCAUAAACUCCAAGAGAAAGAGUGUGAAGUGAGAAAGCUUCAGGCAGACAGGGUGAUGGCUCGAGAAGAGAAGUGCAUCGCCCACUGGGAGGAAUUCAUGAAAGAACAGCAGAACAAACGUGCAGAGGUGGAUGAAGAGCACAGAAAAGCUAUGGAGCGCCUCAAAGAGCAGUAUUCUGAGAUGGAGAAGGAACUGGCCAAAUAUGUUUCCUUUUAAAACCUUUUUUAAUAAUGAUGGAUUUGUGCCAUUACUCAGUUUAUUCUGACUUAAACUGAGGUUCUUUUGGAAAGCUGAAACAGAUAAGAAAAAGGGAGAAUUUUCUCUACAGGCUUGGUAUGGGAAGAAAAGGUUUGCAUACUUUGAACUUAAGUGCCUAGCUCUGUUUGUUUGGUCCAGGGCAGAUGGAAUGCCAGUAUUUCUUUGCUGGAAAGUGGAACUGAAAAUUGUGUGACUGCAUCAGCUCAGGGAGUUGCAAACUGAAAUUCCCUCCCAUCAGCAGAGUAUCAUAUCAUUUAGGAAAACAGAGACUAAUGCAGAGACUAAUGUAAUAUUAACAAUCCCAGUGUGCAGCCACAGCCCUUUCCCUAAAAGUAGGUUAGUAGGUUCCAGCCAUAGUUGAGAAUUCACUGGGAAAACUAUAUAUCCUGCUUGUAGAUUUCAAGAAAAUAAACUUGUCUUACGGAAUAUUUUACUUUUAGCAAUAAAAGAUCUCAACAGAGUUUUAAAUCCAAUUGUAAUUCAAACUUUUGGGUUGUUCAGUAUUAUGAAAUAGAGCUGUGAUUGGAAAGGGUUUUGCUACCAUAAAAAUGGCUAAAUAAGCUUGGACAACAAUUUCUUUUUUUUUUUUCUCCAUGUAAUUGUCUCAGGCCUGUCUUUAAGCUUUACUGUUCUAAGCAAAGCCAAAACAAGCUUAGAAGUAAUCAUGAGAAGCAUAUCGGUCCUUGUAUUAGCUUUGUAGCUAGUACAGUAUUUACCUUAAAUAUUUAUCAUGCUUUUGGUUUACUUAGGAUAAGCUUGUCAGAACUUUAUGAAGCAAUUGAGGUAAGAUUUUUGGUUCUUUAUCAGCAUAACAAACGAGCAGAUUAGUGGUAAAAUGCCUGUAGUACUGAUCUGCUUUCUUAAGUCUUACAGGGGAUGUAAAACUCCUGUAUUGCUUUCUUUUAUUCAAAACUUGCAGUUUACAGCAAUGUAACUGAAGAAGUUAACUUAAUCAGUUCAUUAACCAAGGAAAAUGAGACUUAGUACCUUAAUGAAAUUUGCUGCAAGCUAACCGUUAGUACAGGAAAUAUCUUUCCAUAAUUUAGCUGGUGUCCAAUGUAGAAUGGAAACAGGCAAAAAUAAACAGAAUUUACGCUUUACCUGUAUUGCAGCAGUAAUAUACCAACAAUGGUUGCUUGUAUAAGCUUAUGGCUUGGUGUCAAGGCUCCGUUCCUGGCAGCAUGUUGAUAGUGUGAUUAAAGUUAGUAGAGGAGAUGGAAUAAGUAUUUGAGAUUUCUUUCAAUAACACUGAAUUCCUGCCAAGCUACUCUGCCUGCUACUGUAGACCCAACAGCUUCAUCAAUCAUCAGCAUGUAUCUGGACUGAAAAGAGGACUUGCCAACCGUGGGACAUGCUGGAAUGUUGUUAAUUCUCUGUUGUGGAUGGAAAAAACAUAGAUGUCUGUCUCAAAGGUAUCCCACACAUGAAAAAUAGGAAAGCCUCUUUUAGAACAACUCCUAUCUGAAUAGAAGGUGACUUCUUGUAGUAUUUCUCAGUUUAUGAUGAAUGUUGUAACUAAGCUCAGACUUUUCAUUUAAAAAGAAAAAGUUAGUUCUUGCGUGUCUUUAGAAUCGGGUGUGGAAUAAUUUCAUUUGGAGCACAGAUUGGAAGUGGCUUCCCUCUUACCAGAUUAUUUGAUGUAUAUGUGCUCAUAGAAUCCUCAAAGCCCAAAUAUCUUUGUAACAAAAUGCAUUUAACUGCAAACUGAAUUAAUUUUUAUUUUUGCACUGAUAAUUUUUAUUGAGAUAUAGAUAUCUAAUUAACUGUGCACUGGAUUUUAGUAUUUCAUCAAUUUGAGGGCUCUUAAGCAGUGAUACAAGUGUUACAAGCUGGAUAUUCACUAGAAAAUAAAGUGAUAUUUCCCAAACCUUC